CUGAGAUGAUGGAAGUUUUAUGGAAUUAUUAUGGUGGGAUUUCUUAGAAAUUUAUUAUCUACGCAUCAUAAGGCACAAUGUAUAAAGAAAGUAGAAGUUGGAUGUAUAAUCGUUAUGUUGACAUUGGUAGAGGAUUGACACAAGAGUUUAAGGAUGGAGUUAAUGAAUUUGUUACAUUUGCAUUGGGACAACAUCAGUACAUGGAUGGAAGUAAAAUAAGGUGCCCAUGUAUGGAAUGUAAAAAUAGAAAAUUUGUAGAAAGUGAUGAAGUUUAUUGGCAUUUAUAUACACAUGGUUUUAUAGACAACUAUUACAAUUGGAUUUCCCAAGGUGAGCCGUUGGAGUCGUAUUUUGUGCCGCAAACUGUAGGAAUGUCUCGUUAUGUUCCGGAGGAGAUGUCUACUUGGGGCAAUUAUGAAGACAUGUCAUGGGAUCAAAG